AUGCCGAAGGUACUAGUUACAGGAGGCUCAGGCUUCAUUGCCACCCAUAUCCUGGAUAUCCUCCUCCAACAGGGUUACGAAAUAGUCACAACAGUACGCUCGGAGACCAAAGCCUCACAGAUCCGCGCGAAAUACCCCGGCGCCCCGCUCUCGGUCGUUAUCGUGCCGGACAUCGCUUCUCCGAACGCCUUUGAGGGCGUGCUCGCCAAGGACGGAGCCGGGCUUGACUACGUGCAGCACACGGCGUCCCCAUUUCAUUACAAGUGGAAGGAGGCGCGCUCUGAGGUCUUAGACCCGGCCAUCAACGGGACCACCUCGGUGCUCGCGGCCGUCGCCCGGCACGCCCCCGCUGUCAAGCGUGUCGUCGUGACUAGCUCCUUUGCCGCCAUCGCUACCGAGGCCGAUUUGGAGAAUCCCACUAGAACCUUUUCCGAAGCUGAUUGGAACCCAAGCAUGUAUGAAGAUGGUCUUACUGGGCCACCGGCAACUACCUAUCAUGUCUCAAAGAAGUACGCCGAGAAGGCCGCUUGGGACUUUGUCGAGAAGAACAAGCCCGUGGUGUUCGGCCCCAUAGCGCACCACCUCGACUCUCUCCACCAAGUCAACACGUCCAACGGGCGCUUCGUCGACCUGAUCCAGGGGAAGUGGAAGGCCGAGAUCCCCGCGGCCGGGGUCUCGAUCUGGGUUGACGUCCGCGACGUAGCCUCGGCGCACGUGCGCGCCAUGGAGCGGCCGGAGGCCGGCGGGAAGCGCUUCUUCACGACGGCCGGGUACUACGACAACCGCGCCGUGCUACGCGCCGUGGCAGCGGCCAAGCUCCCCGAGCUAGUGGCCACCGAUGCGAUACCUGCCGAUGUGGACACUGUCAAGGGCGCGCUAGGCGCGGAUUAUGCCCCGGAGAGGACGCAUAAGUUUGAUAACGCGACGACGACGAAGAUACUGGGGAUUUGCUGGACGCCGUUGGAGAAGACGGUUGUCGAUACUGUACAGAGCUUAUUGCAGAUCCCUCCGUGA